ACAUUUUUAACAAAACUAAUAAACAAAUAUUUAUUGAUAACAAAACCUAUGGAUAUUUACCUACGGAUUAUGAAUUCAAGCUGUAGUUCGUGUGGUUAUGAGCUGAACUUGAACUCCAGCAACCGCAACACUUGUUCUCUGAUUGACUCGAAGUCCAUAAAGAGAGGCAUCAUCUCCUUCUUCUCUGUGGAUGAGAGCAGGUUCACUCAGAUCCAACAACUUCACUGGCCUUCUUGGAUACCCUUUUUCAACUCCAAGCGCCAAAGAACCAAGCUCCUUUGCCGCAGCUGUGGGAACCAUCUUGGCUAUGCUUACACUUCGCCCUCUCAAUCCUGGGAUGGCAUCUCUGAUGAUUCCAGAAUCUAUGAUAUCAAACUAACCUCUUUGUUACCUUCCUUCUGUGAGGAACCAAGUCAAAGGUUAGAGUGCAUCUCUUCAACUCUGGUGUUCUAAUUCUGAAAGGGAUAGAAAGAUUCAUCAGUUUCUUGUUUGUUUGAAUGUGAAUUAAUGUAUUCUACUUUUUGAUCAUUAUGAGGAUAUUUUCUCCACAGUUUUUUUUAUUCUGUUUUGUGCUUAGUUGAUCAUACAACUCUUGUGUACUCUGUUUAGCUUUAUUGUGUAUUGUACAAUCUCCUAGUUAUUUACAAUUUUGAACUUGGAACAAUCUCAACGGAUAGACUCCUCAAAGUGCAGCAGUAAUGAACUUUCAAAUCUUCACCUUUUGAUUAAUUUAUGCAAAUAAUCUUCAUUUCCCGUUAUUUUCUCUAAAGGCCUUGAAUUGAUUAGUCUCUCCUAUAAUCACUUUGAAUUGGGCAUCAUGGUAUAUUAACUUAAUAUGCUGGUAAUUACGACAUUGCAGCAGAAUACAUUUACUCUUGCUGUAGAACUUUGUCUAUAAGAUUUUAAUGAAGGAACAAAACAAGAAAGAUUUCAUUCAUUCUAUGCCACUAAAAAUUUUAGUCCCCCAGUGGAUGUUACCAUUGACAAGUAUCUUCCCUCAAGUCAAUUCAGA